AUACACUGGUCCCUCUACUCACUGGGACAACCUCUCCUGGUUCUGCCUCUUUGCUUACUCCCACUUCCCACAACAACUUCCUUUCUCUAGGGAAUCCGCGAUGCUGAAGGAAAGGGAUGGCUGGAUCUAAAGACUACAGCUCCCUUUACACCAGGGCUGAGAUCACCUCAGUGCAGCUCUGAAGGUGUUAAUUACAGACAGUGACUGGGAGAGCCAGAGUCACCUCUCACCAUGAGCCAGUCACACUCUGGCUCUGGGGAAAUGUUCCUCAUGGUCUCCUUAGAGGCACAGCCCAACUCUGCAAUGUUCUUGGAGAAACUCCAUGGUGUUCUGAGCUCCAGGGGCCAGAUCUAGAGCCCUGAAUCACCUCAGGUCAGCAUCUCUCCAGAGCUGCUCAGUUGAACCAUGAAGGACUCAAAGCCCAGCAGUGGGUAGUGGCCUUUCCCACCACACUUGAAAGGUGACACUGUUAGCAGUGGAUGGGAAGAAUAAUUCAAACAGAAACCAACAGGGUUGUCAAAGAGGCCUGGAAAACAAUGAAUUUAGUGGGCACCUCACAACAGGCAAAGGCCAGAUUUGUCACCUUCCUCUCUGAAAGAAGCUUCCUCUCUAAAUUUCAUCCCAUUGAAAAUGUUUGUGUUUCAUUCAUGGUAACUCUUAUAUUCUCUUCUUAUUUAAAGUGAAUAAAGGUUUUACAGAAGCCUGCAUAGUUGGAACACUUCUCCCCUGCUCUAAGUGAAGGGACAAUGUGAGAAACCACAACAAAAAAAUGAGAAAUACCACCAACUAAUAUUUCUGAAAGCUUUCAUGGGAACGCCAACUUUUCCACUUGAGUAUUUCUUCUCUUCAAGCCUUCCUCUAUUUCAGAGUUCAAAGAAGGAUCAUUGGAGGAAGGGAAGUUAAGCCCCACUCCAGGCCCUACAUGGCUUACUUACAAAUUGAAAGUGGCUCAGAUACUUACAGAUGUGGAGGGUUCCUGAUUCAGCCAGAUGCAGUGCUCUCAGCAGCUCACUGUGUGCAUGGAAAAGGAAAGGUGAAUAUCACUGUGACUCUGGGAGCCCACAACAUAAAAAAGAAAGAACUGAGCCAGCAGAAGUUCCAUGUUGGAUGUUGGGUCAUCCAUCCCAGAUACUUAAAUUAUAGAUCUGGAAAUGACAUCAUGCUGCUGAAGCUGAAGAAAAAGGCCAAGAUGACUAAGUAUGUGAAACCCAUCUCCUUGCCCAGUCAUAAUAAAACUGUCACACCAGGAACUAAAUGUAGUGUGUCUGGCUGGGGCCAGACAUCAGUGACAGGGCAUAGGACUGAUGUGAUGCUAGAGGUGGACCUGGAGCUGCAGCGUGAGGAAGUGUGUGAGGAGUCUUUCAAAGGCUACUGGUGCCAGUCUAUGAUCUGUGCCGGUGAUAUGCGUGGCAGAAAAUCAACUUACAAUGGUGAUUCUGGAGGCCCAUUAGUCUGCAAUUGGAAGGCUCAUGGCAUUGUUUCUUAUGGAUAUCAAAAUAAACCCUUCCCUAAGGUAUUUACCAGAGUCUCCUAUUUUGAGCCCUGGAUCAAUGAACAGCUGAGGAAGUUUGCAAUCCAAGAGGCUUCCAAAUGCACCUAAAACAGAGUCAGAGAUGCCUUGCCAGGCACAUUUUCUGCACUAAGGAAAGUCUCCCUGGCAAGGUAAGAAAGCAGGUCCCAAGCACACCCAGUUUCCCAUUGUUCCCUUCCUCCCACUACUGCCCAACAGUGCCACCUCCUGCUCUGCUUUCUGUCCAUCAAUAAAAGCUCCUUCAAACUUGCUUGUGUGUGCUGCCUUCUUGAGGAUGGGAUGCAAAGCCUGAGCAUGAGAAGGAGGAGAUGACACUCCUUGGGAGAACCUGAGUGGGACUGUAGGUGGGACACACAAUACAGAUCUUUGUCCCUGAAUUGCUGCAAAUGCUCUCCCUUGUCUCCCUCAAUCUCUUGCACUCAAACCAGCAGGUAGAGACAGCAGCCUUACCAAACCAUUUAUUCAGCCUUUCAGAAACAGAAGCUUCUCUGCCUUCAAGGGGGGAUCAUGUGGGUUUCUAUUACCAACUUGAAACCAUCUCAGGAUCCUCAGACAGACUCAACACCAGCCAACCUUACAUCCCAUCUUCCCUUUCAACCCUCUUGAACCUCAGAUGAAGCAUUUUCUCUGCACCUGUAAAAUGCCUGAGGGCUGAAAUGUG